AUGCCGUCACUUCUGCUGGAUGCCAUUGUUCAUAGAGACCAGCCCUGGUACAGUGUUGGUGGGGUGAUUACACAAGAGGACUUAUAUAAAGAUAUAAGCCUGAGAAGAGUGAGGCCCGCUCUGCAUUCUGUGGAGACUGAGGGUCUGCAUCGCAGCAGCUCCAAGAACAGAGUAGCCCUAGCUCCAGUGCCUCGAGGUCCUGAUGCCUGUCAGAUGAUAACCAGACCCCAGCUCGGUCAGGAUCCCCCACAGAGAACAGUGCUGACUGAGAAUGGACAGUACAGGAGGACCUGUGGCCAGGGGAUCACAACAGUCAGGUGUUCUGGAUCAGAAAAUGUCUUCCCUCCAGCUGGAAAGAAAGUGCUCUCACUCCAGGUGCCAGCCAAGCAAGGAUUUGCUGUCUACCUGGAUGAGCCCGAGCAGAGGGACAGAGACAGCUGUACAGGGAAAGAGGAGAUGGCAUUUGAGGAUGUGUAUGAGGUAGACACCAGCACACUCAAGUCAGACCUUCACUUCCUGCCGGAUUUUAACACAGUUUCCCCAAUGGUGGUAGAUUCAUCUCUCCAUUCCCAGUCUGAAGAUGCAUCAGAUUUUGGUACAGAUGUGUUAAAUGUGACUGAAUAUGCUGAAGGAAUUCAUCAGUACCUUAGAGAAGCUGAAAUAAGACACAAGCCCAAAGCACACUACAUGAGGAAGCAACCAGACAUCACAGAAGGCAUGCGAACGAUUCUGGUGGACUGGCUCGUUGAGGUCGGCGAAGAGUGUAAGCUUCGAGCAGAGACUCUCUACCUGGCUCUCAUCUUCCUGGACAGGUUACUUUCAUGCGUGUCUAUUCUGAGAGGGAAAUUGCAGGUUGUAGGCACAGCAGCGAUUCUUCUGGCUUCUCAAUAUGAAGAAAUAUAUCCACCUGAAGUAGACAAGUUUGUCUACAUAAUUGAUGAUACUUACCCAAAACGCCAACUGCUAAGAAUGGAACAUCUGCUCCUGAAAAUCCUGGCUUUUGAUCUCACAGUGCCAACCACCAACCAGUUUCUCCUUCAGUACUUAAGGAGACAAGGAGUGUGCGCCAGAACUGAGAAUCUGGCCAAGUAUGUAGCAGAACUGAGUCUUCUUGAAGCUGACCCAUUCUUGAAAUAUCUUCCUUCACCGAUAGCUGCAGUAGCUUAUUGCCUGGCCAGCUAUACUGUGAACACCCACUUCUGGCCAGAAACCCUUGCUGCAUUUACAGGCUAUUCAUUAAAUGAAAUUGUGCCUUGCCUGAGCGAGCUGCAUAAAGCAUGCCUUAAUAUAUCCCAUCGAUCACAGCAAGCAAUUAGGGAGAAUUAUAAGACUUCAAAGUACAUGCACGUGUCUCUGAUGGAACCACCUGCAGUUUUCUCUCUGCAGUAA